CAGUGGCGACGUGAAGCCGAAUACUCAGGAAACACCGUGGCGGGCAAUCGAUCACAAGACAGCCGAGCCGACCUGGACCCGUUGCCCGGAACGAGCGAAGCUUGGGCCAAGUGCUAGUGCGAGUCACGGGAAUUGCGAGCUUAUCGACUAAAGCGACCCACAUGGCGCCAGGGCUGACAGCGAUUGGUUCCUACAUCCCGCGCUUGAGUUAUGGGCCCCGAAGCUUGCCAAGUGCCAGGAGGGCCGGCUCGCAAGACACCGAGGUACCUGACGGAAAGGAUCAUCAACAUCAGAGUGCGGAUAUCAAGAUGGAUUCGAGGCAAGCAUCUCUGGGUUUUCUCAAAAUUAGUUGGGUCUGAACGCAGAUUCAGCCAGUACCGGCCUCACGGUGGUGCAACAUGGGGCCUCUUGUGGCUCAGGGUCGUUCCCUUCGGAGGUACCUCGCAGCCCCGUAUCGAGUGCGCACCUGGCAGCGGCAAGGAGGGGUGCGUGGGGCACCCCGCCGAAGUGGGAUGUGUUGGGAAAGAAAGCUUUUGGGAAGCUCCUUCUCUCAACAUCAGAAAGGGAGCACCGAGUUGUCGAGAACACAAUUUUUCGCGCAGGCACGCCAAUAUCCCAUCUGUCGCCGACCAAGGUUCCCAAAAACCUUCCCCUCCGUGCGACUCUCAAUUCGUCGUAUUGUUAGAGGUGAGAAUCCUUUCAUCGUGCGCUUCCGGGUGGCGGUAUCUGUUACCCGGUCUCGAAGGGGUUGUUUCACAUUUCGCAUCGCCGCGGGGCCAAGGAGAAUCAGUUGCCCGCCUCGAGAAGUUCAGCUGCCUCGAAAGGCACUUUCUUCGGGCGGACACUCGCUUCCUCCUGUUUGACUGCGCUGUGAUCAAAGCUCUGAGCGUUCUCCAGUCAGCGCCACGCUCCGUAGUCGGAGAUUGCUGACCACACGUUCUCAGACUUGAAAAUCCCACAUCCUCUUUGGAUCCGGAGCCUCGCGCGGGACUUUCGCAAACUCCACCCACAUAUUCCGAAAACCCUCAAUCCUCACAAUGGCGACUGCUUUGGACCAUCUCCAGCUCGGCGGCAAGAUCGAAUGGCUGGCUCAGCUUGACACGGCUUACCAGCCGGAGCGCAAUUUGCGCCGGACGUCCAUCAUCUGCACCAUUGGCCCAAAAACCAACUCGGUUGAGGCCAUUAACAAGCUUCGUGAAGCUGGCUUGAACGUGGUGCGCAUGAACUUCUCCCACGGCAGCUACGAAUAUCACCAGUCU